CCCUGGAAACAGCAGGAGCCAGGUCAUGAGUGCAUCUAUACACUGUCUGGCACGAAUGGAGUUACUCUGGGAUAUAUCUAAAAAUACUUCUUUUUUUGGAUGCAUAUGGAGAUAAAUAGCCUAAUACUUUUGCAGCACGGAAUCUGAUCUUCCGCUGAACAGGUGCGCAGAACUUAAACUCAUCAUCGUGCUUUUUCACGUAGAGAGAAAUAAACUUAAGGGUUAAAUAAAUAUGGAUAAACACUGGAUUUAUGCUACUUAAUUUGAAACAUUUUUACGAAAAACCGAUUUUUGCCAGCCCUUAUAAUACAUGUGAUAAAAAAAAAAAAAGACGAGAACCAGCAGAGGAUGCAGAGUAUGACACCACAACAGAAAACACAGAAGCCACUGAAUUAUACGGGAACUGUCGCGUGGAAUGCAGAUGAAAACAUAGAAAUGUAAUGAAAGUAAUCGGCUGUAUGAUGGAGCGCUUUCUUCAGAAUCAGCGGUUCUUCCUGAGGAUUUCACUUCUCUGCACUAUCCUAUGUGAGUCAAUCUCUUGUUGUGAGAAGACUCAUUCACACGCUGAAGAUGAACUCUUCAAAAAGCUCUUUGAUGGCUACAACAAGUGGUCAAGGCCUGUACCAAACACCUCUGAUGUUGUCAUUGUCAAGUUCGGUUUAUCUAUUGCCCAGCUGAUUGAUGUGGACGAGAAGAAUCAGAUGAUGACAACAAAUGUCUGGCUAAAGCAGGAGUGGAAUGACUAUAAACUACGCUGGAAGCCGUCAGACUACGACAAUGUGACUUCUAUCAGGGUUCCGUCAGAACUAAUCUGGGUCCCGGAUAUAGUUUUGUACAACAAUGCAGAUGGGGAGUUUGCGGUGACCCACAUGACCAAAGCCCACCUCUUCCACACAGGUAAAGUGCUCUGGGUUCCACCUGCCAUCUACAAGAGCUCAUGCAGCAUAGAUGUCACCUUCUUCCCCUUUGACCAGCAGAACUGCAAGAUGAAAUUCGGUUCGUGGACUUACGACAAAGCCAAGAUUGACUUAGAGCGCAUCGAGAACACGGUCGACCUGAAAGAUUACUGGGAGAGCGGCGAGUGGGCCAUCAUCAAUGCUGUCGGCACCUACAACACCAAGAAGUACGACUGCUGCCAUGAGAUCUACCCAGACAUCACCUACUUCUUCAUAAUCCGCCGUCUGCCGCUCUUCUACACCAUAAACCUCAUCAUCCCCUGCCUGCUCAUCUCCUGCCUGACCGUGCUGGUCUUUUACCUCCCGUCAGAUUGUGGUGAGAAGAUCACGCUGUGUAUCUCGGUCCUCCUCUCGCUCACCGUCUUCCUGCUGCUCAUCACAGAAAUCAUCCCCUCUACCUCGCUCGUGAUCCCGCUCAUUGGCGAAUACCUUCUCUUCACUAUGAUCUUCGUCACCUUGUCCAUCGUCAUCACCGUCUUCGUGCUUAACGUCCACCACCGCUCGCCCAGCACUCAUAAGAUGCCCCACUGGGUUCACUCAGUCUUCUUGGAUUUGAUCCCACGGUGCUUGUUUAUGCGUAGACCUGCACCGGACAGCCGUCGCAGGCAGAAACUCCUCCUCCUGCAGCGGCAGGGACAAGGAAUGACAUCACGGGUUCUUGGACCGGCAAACGCAACCCUCAGUACAGCAACUAGCUGGUUCAGAGGAGAGGAUGAGUCCCGCAGACGCUUCUGUUAUAAGGAUUUAGAACUGGGAACGCUGUCCUCGGCGAUCUCGCUUUCACUCCAGACCCCUUCGCCCUGCCCUCUCAUCUCGACUCCACCUCCUCUACAGAAAUUUGGCCCCUCCUCAAGACUGGAGUUGGGCCUGGCUUCCAGGCAGCUUGGUGGAAGAGUUAAUGUCACAAAGCGGCCUGAAAACAUGAUGCCAGACACCCCAGGGUUCCCUCUGUCCCCCAGUGUCCUGCAAGCUCUGGAGGGGGUUCACUACAUAGCAGACCACCUGAGAGCAGAAGAUGCUGACUUCAGUGUAAAAGAGGACUGGAAGUAUGUUGCUAUGGUAAUAGACAGAAUCUUCCUAUGGAUGUUCAUCAUAGUUUGUUUGCUGGGCACAAUCGGACUCUUUCUCCCGCCCUGGCUUGCAGGCAUGAUCUAGAAAACACACUAGUGAGUAUUUUAUAUGAACAAUAAGGACUUCUGAUGUUUAGGCUUCCACAGGAAGAACCAGCAUGGGGACACAACGACCCUUCCAGCAGGGAAUAUCAGGCAUGAGAUCGCGUGCUGAGAUUUCCCCUGCAUGGGGUCAGAUGCAUGUUUGACAUCAGGAAUGUGGCAUCAAAUACAGUACCUGACAUUUGCUUUGGUCAGAUAUUGAGAGGAAAGCCACAAAUUAAAGAAGCUUGUCUAUGAAAACGCUUGUAUUUGAAUGUAUAACCUUAAAUAGUAUUGUAAAAAAGAAACGUGCCAACUGGAAAUUACUACACAGAUUUAAUUGAGUACACAAAUAAAAGCACUGAGGUUGCGAUUUCUCAUGUCUUGUUACUCUUCAUAUCAAAGAGUGCACACUAAAGAGAUGAGACAAAGUGGUUUGUGGGUAUAUAUGUGUGUGUCGAGUCUGUCUUGGUACCAACCUCCUGAUAUAAUUUAUAUGAUAUCAUAUAAUUAAGAGGGAUAUUUUAACAAAAAUAAAAAUUAAACAAAUUCUGUCAUUUACAAUACCGUACUUGUGUCUUUAAAGAAUGUCUGUCUUCUGUAAAACAUGAACAAUAUAUUUUCAGAUUUUAUUUAAUUUUUUUCAUACAGUAGAAGUCACCAAAACCAAUGUCUUUCAAAACCUCUUUUAUGUCCCAAAUAAUAAAAUAGAUUUCAUACAGGAAUGUAAUUGCAUGAGGGAGACUAAAUGAUGACAGAAUAUUCAUUUUGGAGGAAGUUUUCCCUUUAAUAAAGACUUAUAUCUUAUGUCUCUCUUGUUCUGCGGUGUAUUUGGAAGUUUACAAGUGUCAACAACUUUUAUUGUUGUUUGCAAGCAAAAAAAAAAAGCAUAUCUGUGCUUUAUGUGAAUCCCUUACAUUGCUUUGGUCGAUAUAAACACAUUUAAUAAGAUGAGAUGUCCAGAUGAAUGUUAUUACCAUUUGUACAAGACUUUUCUCAAAAGAAAAUCUAGAAUCAAAGUAAACAAAAAUGCUUUGGGGGCAUUCCAGAAAGUAGGUUAAGUAUAGUUAAUGGAUAAGUACAUGCAUAACCUUAACUUUACGUUCCAAAACUAGGUAGCUUUCAGGUUAAGUAGCUAGUUACUGUAUAACAACAAAUUCUCUGAACAUAAUCUUCUGUGGAGCUUAUAAUAUAAUAUUUUAAUUACAGAGGUAUUCAGCACUUAGGUUCACUAUUGAUGAGGCUCCAGUGAUAAAAAAAAGAACUAUUAAAACAUAAAUCAACGUUUAUUUUAUUUUACUCAAAUGUAUUCCCAUCACACACAAUGUGAAUAUGCAUUCAACAUGUUUUUUUUUCUACAGAACAUUUUUACAAUGUAUUUUUAUUAUAAAAAU